UUUCUUUGUUUCCAAUAAUAAUUUUCCUGUCCAUUCUUUGAAACAUAGACUAAAUUCCAAAAAUAAAAAAUAAAUUUGAUCCUUUAACCAAUCCCCUCAAAAUGUAUUUCAGCAGUCCACGCUUCCUUACCAUGGACCUGCACUGUGCCAUCACACAGUCCACAAGUAGUAAACCUAACUAAAACCCCCAAAAACCCCACAGAGCUUUCGCUUAGAUCCACAAUGCCAAAACUCCUCUCUCUCUCUCUCUCUCUCUCUCUCUCUCUUAAAUCUUCCUUCGCUCAAUCAGCCAUUUUCCAACCCUUCAUUCGCAGCCUCCACCAAUCUAAGAACAUACUUGUAUGCCUGUAUUUCUUCUGUUAAUUUAAUUUGAUUGUAGUUUACGUUUCUGGGUCUUUGUUUUGGCACAUGGGCAUUGAAGUUUCUCUCAGGUUGGUGCCUAAAUCUUGAUUUUAGCUAAUUGGCGUGUUCUAGUUUGAGAAAAUUUGAAGAACAAUAUGUGAUAAAGUCUCUGGUUUUAGUCCUUGGGUGUUCUAAUUUAUGGGUUUUGUUCAACUUGUGAAGUGGGCAGUGGAUAUAUAUUCAUAAUGGUUUGUGUAGAAUCUUGAUAUUGAUGGAUGGGUAUGUAUCAAUCUGAGGAAGCUCCUAAAACAUGCUCUCUCUGCGAACCAGUCGCAGAUUUUGUCAUGCCGCCAUUGCCAUAACUUCGAAUGGUUGUCCUGCAGCUGUGUCAAAUCACGUUUUUGAUACAAAGCCUUUGGAAGAACCUGCCCUCGUUAAGCUUAAAGCCGAGAGAGACCCCGAAAAGCUAUUCCACCUGUUUAAGGCCAACGCUCACAAUACGCUUGUCAUUGAGAACCGAUUUGCAUUCGAAGAUACGGUGUCUAGGCUAGCUGGAGCUCGAAGGUUUGAUUACAUUGAACAUUUGCUUGAGCAUCAGAAGACUCUUCCUCAAGGUCGGCGAGAAGGGUUCAUUAUGAGGAUUAUAACAUUGUAUGGUAAGGCUGGGAUGACUAAGCAUGCUAUUGAUACUUUUUGUGAUAUGCAUUUAUAUGGUUGUUGUAGGACUGUUAAAUCCUUCAACGCUGCACUCAAAGUUUUGACUCAAACCCGUGAUUUAGGAGCCAUUGAGGCAUUUCUGAACGAGGUUCCACAGAAGUUUGACAUUGAAGUGGACGUAUUUUCGGUUAAUAUUCUUAUCAAGGCUUUUUGUGAAAUGGGAAUUUUGGUUAAAGCAUAUCGGAUCAUGGUAGAGAUGGAAAAGUUGGGAAUAAGACCAGAUGUCAUUACAUAUACCACACUGAUGUCAGCAUUUUAUAAGGAAAACUGGUGCGAGAUUGGUAAUGGUUUGUGGAAUCUUAUGGUGCUGAAGAGGUGUUUGCCUAAUCUUGCAACUUUCAAUGUUAGAAUCCAGUAUUUGGUUAACAGAAGACGAGCAUGGGAAGCUAACAAAUUGAUGGGUUUGAUGCAGAAUGUUGGGAUAACACCUGAUGAGGUUACAUAUAAUUUGGUGAUCAAAGGGUUUUUCCAGGCCAGAUAUCUUGAAAUGGCCAAAAGGGUGUAUUCUGCUCUACAUGGAAAGGCAUACAAGCCAAAUAUCAAAAUUUAUCAGACCAUGAUUCAUUAUCUUUGUAAAGGAGGGGAUUUUGAUUUGGCAUAUACUAUGUGUAAAGACUGCAUGCAAAAGAAUUGGUAUCCGAAUGUGGAUACCAUUCAUACAUUGCUUGAAGGCCUAAAGAGGGGCAAGCAGCUUGGUAAGGCUAAGGCAAUCAUGAUGUUGGUUCGGAAAAGGGUGCCUCCAUUUUCUUCAAAACAAUUGGGGGAUUUACAAACCAUACUGAACAAGAGUUGAAUUAAGAUGAGGGACUGGAAAACUGAAAAGUGGUAGAUUAUGUAACUGGACAGCUCAACAAGAGCUGGUAUCUUUUUGCCCCACUCAUUUGUAAAUUUUCAGAACAAUUUACAUGAAUUUUUUUAAUCAUACGAAAGGGACAUCCUCAUUUCUUCAAUAAUUUGUAGUACCACCUCAAUUUAAAUGGAGCUCUGAAUGGACAGCUAUCACCCAAAUUUGUUCUUUGGUGGUGCAGAACAGAAUGGUCAGGGAAUAAUGGCAAAGUCCUACCCAUUAGAUAUCAUUAAAUGCUUAUUUCGGUAAUUUCAAAUAAUUUGAAUAAUGAUGAAACAAGUGUUUAUUUAUUUAUUUAUUUAUUAGUAUUACAUCCAUCUAAAUCAAAUUCCUUUUAUUAUAAUUAAAGACCUUACAAGUACGAAACUUGUUAUUUAAAAGUAACACAUAAGGAUAUAAGAUGGCCGAUGGUCAGAGUGAUGGUUAGUUUAUAGACAUUGGAUGCUUGACAAUUAGUUGGUCAUAAUUAGUAGCUGUGGUGGUUUUAAACGACUAACUCUGAAAAAUUGGGAAUGGUGUUCUUAUGUCUCAAACUUGCCAGAUCUUCUUGACCAUUUUACCCAAUUUCUUUAAUGGACCGGAAGUAAGGUGAGUAACAUAUAGGGAUUAUUCUUUUACAGAAUGUAUAUACAAAACCUUUUGAUGAUUAACAAAGUACAUGCUGAAUGGAUGGUAGGUAAUGUUUAGGCAUACAUGAGCAAAAUGAUAAGUUAUCUGAUGUGACUGGGGGGUUGCUGCAGCAUACUCUAAACGAGGAAGAUAGAGAAUAGGAUAUGCACAUUUGUAUAUGAUAUGUACACACUAAUGAACAUAUACUGGGUCAAGUGUUGCUUACACACUAAUGAAUAUCUAUGCUAAUUUAAAGGUUGUCUAUGUGUCCCCAUGCAUGGUUUUCAUAUAGUGUGAGGUCAGCACACAGCUAGUGUUUGCCUUUACUUUUUUUUUUCUUCUGGGGACUGAUAGUGUAUAUAUCUCUUGUUAGAUGGACUGAAAUCUGGAUUGUGAAAAGAUCGAGUGUCAGUUCCAGAAAAAAAAAAGAUAUCAACAAAUGAAGAGAGGAUUCAGUUGUGGUACUUAUUUAAACAACUUAGUUUAUAUGUCUGCAGUCCAUGGUUUGGAGUCUGACUCCAGAAGAACUAGAGCUUUUAUUCUUAUGAAUGGGGCGUUUUUUGCUUGAGAUGUUUUUGUUCUCGCAUCGCUAUUUGGCUUUAAGAAAUUUCUGAAGUCUUCCUAUCCAAGUUCUAAUGCACACUUUUAGGUUACUCUCUAGUAAAAGAUUUAUCUGUAUUGUUGAGUGUUUUAAAAGGUUAACCAUAUCAUUUAGCCUGUCUUUCAUGGGAGGAACAGGGUAAAAACUUAUUUGAAAAAGAAAUAGGAGGAGGAACCUGAUGAAAGCAUAACGUGAUAAUCCUUUUGAGAUAUUUCUUCAUAAGAAAUCCAUAAAAUAAAAUAAAAUUUCUCAUAAAUAAUAACUUGCAGGGCUAAUUGGAUAGACUUUCAUUGCAUAUAAAUUCUGAUUUGGUAUCAGUAUAAUGUUUUUCUCACCUUCCCACAAUAUAAUCAAAUAUUUAUUCAGCUAUAUUUUACAGAAAAUCCUCAAACAUCUUCUUCCUCCCUGCCUCAAGGUGCAGUUUCUUCAGGUAAGGAUAAUAAAUCUGUCAGUGGCCCAAUGUCAAGAACUUCCUUUUAUUAUGGAUAGCUUGACGCUUUUUUAUCUGGUGUAGUUGUGUGUGUGUUCGCUCUUUCUUUUGUUGUGUGUAUGUCUUUGAUAUAUUUUUGACCAAAAAAAAAAAUGUCUUUCAUAUAUUGCUUUCCUUGCCUUUCUGAUUUGGUGGGGUGUGUAUGUGCGUACGUUUGUGUGUCUCAGUCUGUAUGAACAGCUGGUUAAAGUGAAUAUUAUUGGGGGGGGUCAUUUGGUCGAGAAUUGAUGUCAUAUGUGUAACAGUUCUUCAGCAGCAAAGUGAUUGCUAGAUGUGUUUCUUUAUAUUUUAAGGUAUAUUGGAUUAUGUCUCUGAUCAGAAUGUUGGCUUAAACUGUUCUGUGGCAAGGGAAAGUGGAACGCACCAAGGUGGGAGUUGAUUCAUUACGAUUCAUUUGGUACAUUUGGAGUUAAAAAGAAGAAGUUGAGUUGCUGCAUCAUGAGCUGGAGCUUGUAGUUAUUGUGGUGUGUUUCCUUUGCUUAGAUAGCAGAUCUUUCUUCAGCCCUUGGAAUUCUUGUGUUGGAGGAAUUUUAGUGAUUGCUCUGCAGUUUCAGAUGGUUUAACCAUUAACCACCACUCUCGAUAGGUGAGAACAGGCUAGCUAUUGACUGCUCAACUCGAUUCUUAAAUACUGGUGCUCCCUAGGAAGUUAAGUAGCAUUUUGUCUAUGAUAGAGCUUUCCAAUUGUAAAUUAACUGAUAUAGAGCUCUCUCUCUUGUUGGUUCUUGCCUUUGCCAUUCUUGGAAAUAAAUCGUCUUCUAGACAAAUGCUUGUUGCUGGUAUAAAUUUGUUUUUGUUCCAAAUUGUGGACUUGACUUAGAGCU